AUGCGGCGCGAGGCGUGCGGGCGCGGCGGGCGCGGGCUGUGCGCCGCCAUGUUGCCCUUCAACGUGUCCCGCUACCGGCUCCACCUCGCGCAGGUGCGGUUCCGCGCGCCCGACGGCGGCCUCGUCGCGUUCGAUGACAAUGGCGACCCGCCGCCCGAGCUGAGCGAUUACGACGUUAUGAGCUUCGAGCGCGGUGGCGCCGCAUGGCGGUACGAGCGCGUGGGGCGUUGGCGUCGCGGUGUGCUACAGAUGCGUGGGGGCGCGGACGCGGCUUGGGCGCGAGCGCGCGGCGUUCCGGCCGCAUGUUCGGCGCCGUGCGGCGCAGGGCAGUGGGCGCGCGUGGGCGCGGGGCGCGCGCGAUGCUGCUGGAGCUGCGUGGCGUGCGCGCCGCUCGAGGUCACCGUGCCGCCGCCCACGCCGGGCUGCCGGCUCUGUCCCCCCGGACACCACCCUGAUCGAGACCGCACUGCAUGUUUGCCGUCGACCGUGGAGUGGGGCGCCGAGGGCCGCGGCACGCGCGCCGUGGCUGCGCUGGUGGGCGCGGCCGGGCUGGCAGCCGUGGCCACGUGCGCCGUCACGUUCUGGCGACACCGCGCCACGCCUGUCGUGAAGUCGGCGUCUCGCGAGCUGUGCGCUCUGUUGCUGUGCGCGGCGGCGGUGUGCCACGGCGCCGCGCUGGCGGCCGUGUUGCGGCCAGGACCGGGCCCAUGCGCACUCGUGCGGCUAGCAGCGCCCGCGCUGGGCGGAGUAUAUGCGGCCGUGCUGGCGCGUACAACGCGCGUGGCUCGGCUCGUGGCGGCGUGCGAGCGCCGGCCGGCGGCUCGACCGCGCCUGUUAUCAUCGCGCGCCCAGCUUUGGAUGUGGCUGACACUGACGGUUCCAGGGAUCUGUGUGGCAGUUUGGAGUGCGGUUAACUGGCCAGCCGCCCCGCGCCUACUGCACCCGGGCCGCUCACGCUCAGUGUUAGUGUGCGGCGGGGAGCAAGCCCCGGCACAGUUGGCUCCGCUGGCGCCGGCGCUGACUCUGCUGGCAGCGUGUGUCGGCAUGGCGGUGCGCACUCGCCGCCUGCCACACAACUUCAACGAGACCAGGUUCGUGGGUGCGGCAGCGUACGCUACGUGUGUCACAUGGUUCGCUUUCUUCCCGCUGUACGCGGUGAGCGCGGCGCGCACGGCGACGCUGUGCGCGUGCGUGUCGCUGUCGGCGGGUGCGUGCGUGGUGCUGUCGCUGGGCCCACGCGUAUGGGUGUGCGUGUGUCGACCGGCGCGCAACACGCGUGCGCACUUCCUCACCGCCUCCAUCCGCUGCCACGUGGGCAAGUACCGCGCAGCACGCGACCUGCCCGCAGCGCGCGACGUGUCGUGCCAGGCCGAGACAGGCGCGCGCUGCGAGGCGGGGACGGCGUGCGCGCGCGUGCUCCGCACUGCGCCGGCGGAGGCGGGGGCGGGGGCGGGGGGCGCAGACACGGCCGACGUGGUGAUCGUGCUGCUGCAGCACCAGCACUGGCUGCCGGUCGACAGCGCGCCGGCGGUGGCGGACCUGCUCGCAAUGUAA